AUGGAGACGAUGCAGAAGAAUCAAUUAACAAUGCAGAAGAAGCAAUUGACAAUGCAGAAACUCAAGUGGUUCCUAGCAAAUCAAUUGAUUCAAAUUCAGAACAACACAACCAAAUCAAAUGCAAUUGAAGAUACAAAUCCAAUUGAUGCUUCUGGUUUAGAUCUUAGAGGAUCAUUUCUUGGUGUGGUAAGACAAACUUUUGAAGAAAUUUUGGAAUUGUAUGAAAAACAUGCAGCUAUACUGGGGUUUUCAAUAAGAAAAUGUAUAACUAGAUUCAAAAAACAAACAAAAAUAGUAACUGAGAAAAAUUAUGUGUGUUCUGCUGAAGGAAAGAGAAAUUCAGGUCAAAAGAAAACAAAGUUAGUUGAAAUGGUUGAUGAAGAGGAUGUAAAUGUUAAAACAAGAAAGCCAAGACAAGUAGCCAUUACAAGAUCGAAUUGCAAGGUAUGUAUAAGAGCAAAAGUGAAUAAAGAAGGAAAGUUUGAGGUAGUGGCUCAUGUUAUUGAGCAUAACCACGAGCUAACAAGGUCACAGUGGCAUUAUUUGCAUCGUUCUGAAAGAAAAAUGACCGAGGAAAAAGCUGAAGCAAUCAAAACAAUAAAAUCUUCAGGUCUAACUACAAUGGACACUUACAAUUACAUGGCUACAGAGGCUGGAGGAGAACAUAAUGUAGGUCAUAGUGUUGUAGAUCAUCUGAAUUUCUGCUUAAGGUUAAGAAUGGAACAAAUUGAGGCUGGAGAUGCUCAAACUUUAGUGAACAUUUUAAAUCAGGAACAAUCAGAAGAUCCGAACUUCUUUUUUAGAGUGAAGUUUGACAAUGAAGGGAGAAUUUCCAAUAUCUUUUGGAGAGAUUCAAUGAUGUUAGAAGACUAUAAAAUAUAUGGAUAUGUUCUUGUCUUUGAUACAACAUACAAAACCAACAGAUACAAUAUUAUAUGUGCUCCAUUUGUUGGCAUAAAUAAUCACUGGCAUAAUUGUAUGUUUGCAUGUGCUUUUAUUGGGGAUGAAAAAACAGAUUUAUUUGUGUGGCUACUAGAAACCUUCUUGAAAGCUAUGGAGAAUAGAAGACCAACUUCAAUAUUCAGUGACCAGGACCAAGCAAUGACAAAUGCAAUUGAGCAGGUGUUUCCUAAUACAAGGCAUAAACUAUGUAUCUGGCAUUUGGAACAAAAUGCCAUAACCAGAUUUGGGGCUCUUAAAAAAGACAAAGAAUUCAAGUAUGCAUUCUACCAGUGCUUAAAGAUGUGUGUGAUAGAACAAGAAUUUGAAGCAAAGUGGCAAGCAAUGAUGCAAAAAUAUGACUUGACAGCACACUCUUGGUACCAAGGAGUGUAUGAGUUGAAAGAAAAAUGGUGUCCUGCCCUUAGUAGAGAUUUCUUUUCAGCAGGAAUUCUAUCAUCACAAAGGAGUGAAAGCACUAAUCAAGCUAUAGAAUUCAGAGCAAUUAAAGCAACUACAUUGACAGAAUUUUAUACCAUAUUUAAGAAGACAACCAAUCGUUGGAGAAGCACAGAGAAAUAUGAUGAGUUUACCUGUAGCAAGUCAAUAGCAUUCACUUCAUUGCCACUGUCCGGAAUGCUAAAUCAUGCAGCACAUGUAAAAAUAACAAGAAUACUAGACAAGUAUGUUUCAAAAAAAUGGACUAAGUUUGCAAAAACAGAGGCAUGGGAUAGGUUCAAGAAUCAGGAUCCUACACAGCCAUAUAUUCCAUGGAGGCAAACAAUGAUGAGGAAAUACUACAAUUUAAUCUUAAAAAGUCAAGAAACUGAAGAGACAAGAGCAUUUACGGAAGAAAGCUUCAAAAACAGUCUUAAAAUGGUGGAAGAAUUACUUGCUAGUGCUACUCAGAGAGAAAGUGCAGAAGCUGCUUCUAACAUUCCUGAUGUGGCAGACAGCACUCAAAGCAAUAAUGAUGUUUCUUCGGCAUCGAGUACAAGCACAAGUGUACCAACAAUACUUGAUCCUAAAAGGGCUGUAACAAAAGGAAGAAGCAAGUGA